AGCCUCUUAUAAUUCCUUCAUCAAUCAAUCAAUUCAACAUCAACCAACCUUUUCUGUCCAGAUCAAUGCAUCAAUUCGUCUAAUCGUCCAUAAUAUUCAAGUCCCCAGCUAUAUCAGUAAUUCUUCCAACAGAUCAACAACCCCACGAUGUAUCUCAAGCGCAAACGUUCCGAAUCUGAAAUCUCCACCGCUUCAUCACUCCUACCCAGUCCCCUCCAUUCCAACAAUGCCAAUUCUAUGAAUAUCGAUUCCACAUCAAUAGCACCGCCAAAUCUUUUUUCCUCUCGUACGAGGAAGCGUCACAGAGAUAAUCGACCAAAUGAAGAGACUGUUCAUCGUAUGUCCGCUGAUUCCAACAAUCCAACGUUUGCGUGGCAAGCAUUAAUCAACUCUACAGAACAUACUCUCUCUCUCCUUUAUUCCGCUCAACAGCCUUCAAAUAUAGAUACGAGCUGUAUGUCACCUCCAUCGCCAUCGGCAAUUUCUCCUCGUACAAUAAUACCUCACCCACCGAAUAACCCUGCACACCAAGCCUCACUACACUCGUUCUGGCAAUUACCAUCAAACCGUCAAAUUUCACCUGAUAGCGAUUCUUCUUAUGCAUCAUCUACAUCCGUCUCUCCAAAAACUAUCACACAUCAUCUUUUCCUACCAACCAAUUGCGAAGAUUGUGAUGAAUCGCUAGCGAAUAGAGAAGGCGGUGACGAAAUGGAUGUAGAUACUAUGAUGGAUAUUAAUAUGCAUGGAACUGGGGAGACAAAUCAUGGAUGUAUUAGUUGUGGAAAGCAAGUUUGUCAUUCUUGUGCCGUGAGUAAUUUGGGGAUGGAAAGGAAAUGUUUGAGUUGUGCGGGAAGGGAUAGAGACGGAAGGAGAUGGGUUGGAGGUUUGGGGUGGAUGAAUUAGGGAAUGGAAAUUGAAAUUGGAUACGAAAGCGAAUACCCGGUGUGCGUUUCUUUGGAGAUAUUUAUGGAUUGUCGUUGUCUAUUCUGUUAUGAUGUCUAAAGCUUGGCGUUGAAAAUUGCGGAAACGGUUGAUUUCCUAUUUCAGGAUAUAUUAAUGUACAAGUCCUGAAUGUCGACGAGGUUUCCUAUGAAUGCUGUGGAAUGGGAAAUAUGGGAUAGCCUCUGCUCUAGACUCUGCUCUUUUGGUAUUUUUUACUCGUAUCGAAGUAAACACUGACUUUCCUUUCAACAAAU